UUGGCGCUGCUCGGCACAACCUUCAUGCAAGCCUGCGCCUGCAGAGGUAGUUAACUAUAUGGUAAGUUAAUGGGUUCAAGGAUCAAGCUAGCUAGCAUGUUUCCAAGCCUCUUUCUCGCAGGUUCAAGAAUCACGGCUGGAGCCAUCGACCGCGCUAAGGGAGUGGGACGGGCUCUUCGAGUCUUUGGUUAUUUGCCCCGUACCCCAGCUAGCCCAUGCUUCAUGCAUUGGCUCCGGGAUAAGACAGGAGUGCUGGGACUUCCCGCAAGUGCCGACUCAUCAUCAAUUUCGCGGUGUUCUGAGAUGAUUGGCCCACGCAGCAUGACCAAUAAGAUAGGUGACUGGGAUGACCCCAAAGGCGACUCUUGUUGUGAGUCCUUGGUCCCUCGCACAACGACGGACUCACCUUCACACCGUUCCAUGGGCGGAUGGUGUUGUGGUACCCUUGCCUCCUAUUUGCAGCCUGAUUCGCCUUGCCUCAAGAGUCAAUGGGCGAGAGUUUUAAAAGGAGCAGGGGCCGUGGCAUUGUGGAGAUGUUUGAUUUAUUUCUGAAUUGUGUGUGGGCCCAGACUAAACCGCAUGCAAAAGCUUCAAGAUCAUACGAAGGAGGGAGAGGAAGUUAGUACUUUGACCCAUCGCAUCGUCAGGAGAGGAAGUGUGGGAACUUGAACUACUCGCAAUCAUCCCUAGUUACCCCUACCCUACCGCCGUUGUUCGCCUUCCAUGAUCAGCGAUGGCCUCAAUAAUAGUGUUCUUCUUCUGCCUUUAACUUCAUCCUCAUCUACCUGCCACAAUCCCUCCUUUUCCUCCCUCCUCCCAGCCCAGUCAGUCAGUCCCCUUCUUUUGUUCCUCCAUAGCUUCCUUCUCCCCCUUCCUUUUCUCUCCCCCCUUAUCUUUUAACCACCUGCUUUCCAACCUCUCUCUCUCUCUCUCUCUCUCUCUCCUUUUUACUUAUCCUCGUCCUCAUCCUCGUCGAACAAACUCAUUUUAAUUGUUUUGGUUGUGGGCAUUUUUAGCUGGGCAAGAUUGCCACAAUCAUUCCUUUGACAUAUAUAUAUAUAUAUAUUGGACGAACUACUUGUUUUCUUAUAUAUUAUACAACCAGCUUUGAGGAUCAGGAUCCCCAAUUACCUUUUGGACUUCAGAUUUGCCAUAUCUCCUCAUUUGAACCCAUCCAGUCACCACUUGUGGAAAUUGACAUUGCAUCACCAUUUGUUUACUGCGCCUCCGUCCGACCCCCAGCUCCGGCCCGGAUAAAUGUACCCCACAAUGUUGCCAACACCCCCACAAUCACCACCGCCUGUUUCAAUAUGCGAUGCUCCAGAGGAUAGGCUCGGUUUGCUGCUCGCCAACCGGCUGGAACUCACAAGCGUUCUUGGGGUAGGUGCCUACGGUGUUGUUUAUUCUGCUAUCGACAUCCAUACCCAUGUGCCGUACGCAGUCAAAGCUCUCAACAAGGCAGGACUCGACUCCAGGCAGCGGAAGUUUCAGCAACGGGAAAUCAAACUCCAUCAUUUGGCUAGUCAGCAUCCCAAUGUGGUUUCUUUGGUCCGCAUAAUGGAUUCUCUUGAUUGUACUUUUGUUGUUAUUGAGUUUUGCCCAGAAGGCGAUCUUUUCUCCAAUAUUACUGAGAGAGGUCAGUUUGUUGGAAACGAUUUCCUUGCCAAGCGAGCUUUCCUCCAGAUUUUGGAUGCCGUGCAGUAUUGUCACUCCAUUGGAAUCUAUCACCGGGAUCUCAAACCAGAGAAUAUUUUGGUUGCCGAUAAUGGAAUGACGGUUAAGCUGGCCGACUUUGGCCUUGCUACAACCGAUUUCUACACCUCGGAUUUCGGAUGCGGCUCGACGUUUUAUAUGUCACCAGAGUGUCAAGAAUCUACGACUCGGCCGUAUGCUUCUGCACCAAAUGACGUAUGGAGCCUAGGUGUCAUCCUCGUCAACUUAACCUGUGGGCGGAAUCCUUGGAAACGAGCAUCCACCGAAGAUUCUACUUUCCGUGCGUAUCUUAAGGACCCGGAAUUUCUCCGGACAAUUUUGCCCUUAUCAUUCGAACUGAAUUCCAUUUUGAGGCGCAUUUUCGAAUGCGAUCCCCAAAAGCGAAUUUCAAUUUCGGAGCUGCGGAAAUUGAUUGUGGAGUGUCCGAGGUUCACUCUGCGGCAUGGAACUCCCGUAUCUAUGCCACCAACACCACCUUGCCAGAGCUAUCAAUACCAGAAGGAUUCCCGUUGCCCUGUUAGUUUUGUUCCUUACCCAGUCUCUCCUCCAGCAGAGCCCAUCGAAGCCGAAUAUUCUAUGUCAGCCAUUUCUGAGGCUUCUCUCUCCGACGGCGGCUCCUCUAUAUCAUCUUCUUCUUCGUCUUCAUCCGAGUAUGCGCCUUGCAGCCAAGCACCGAAUCACUUGAAAUAUGUGCCUCCCAUGCCAUCUAAUUUCUGGGGAUCCUUCGUACCUUUCACCGACAUUGCUGAGAAGAGUCUUGCACAGCAACAUCCCAUGGAACCCGUCAUUGCCGUAUAUUGAGGAAGAUCCAUGUCUUCGUGACCUCAUUUAUUCCUUUCACCAUGGACAUUAUUGGAAACCUACAUAUUUUUUUUUUAAUGCAGAACCACGGAACGAAUAUCUUUUUAACGACCAACUCAACAAAAUACGGAAAGUGCCCAUGCACAAGGAAUUCAUACCCUUUUGGAACAUCCCGCGGGAUUUACCUAUUAUGUCCUAAUACAACUUUAUUUACCACAGGAACCAACAACGGUUGCUGGUCCUGUCUUACCCGCACGGACAGCUAGUGGAGUUGUGAAUUCCUGCCCCUUCCCUGAAAUAUCAAUCAUUAUCCGAUUUGGAAAUCCCUUUUUCCUAACAUGUUUUCUCGACUGCCAUUACCUUCCAUCAGUGUACAUGCUUCGCUCAUUAUCUCCUAAUCUUCGCUUCCCGGAUUUGUCCUUCUUUUUGUUUACUCCUCGGGGGCUAUUUCCUUUCUUCUUAUGCCCUGUAAUAACAUAUCUUUUUGACUUCUUCGCGUCCGCACGGAGCUGCACGAGGUUUGACUUCUUGUCGAGAGUUUGUCUUGGUCUACUAAGGGUGCAAAUUACUACGUUUGGCGUUGGAUUUCGCGUACCGUAACAAAACGAAAGUACGGGCAGGACCGUCCUGGAAUUUCAUUUUUCUAAUGGCGCCAUAUAGAAAGGGGUUGUUUUUAUUCUUCGGUUUGGCGGCUCGUGUCCAUUGUUGCAUAUUUUUUUUUCGGAGUUGGUCGGUAUCUUGUUGAAGGAUUUUUGCGAUUUUCUGGUUUUUUUUUUCCUUUUUCUUCUCCUCACCUUUGUCCAUUAUUCUCAUGUCCGCUUUCACGUCUUGCGCUCCAAUGCUCGUACAUUACUGAUACCCAACUUGGUUCGUCUUAUUACUUUUACCCGAGAACACGGUUUACAACCAUAUAGGGCUUCCGCCUCACUAUUUCCAACACACUAUUGUUCAUUUUACGUACCUGGAUUUGCUCACUACCUGAUCGUCGAUUUAUCUGUCCAUACAAUAAUAACUUGCCCUGCAUGCAUCUAUGCAUAAAGGCCAGGCGCUGUUACCUACAAGCGUGUCGGAAUAAAGGCCCAUAUUGUAAGUAGGAAACUUUUCAAUCGGUGAAUAGUAAGGCCUCUAUGCAGUCAGUUUACAGAGCCUCGUUAAGUUGUGAUGCAUGGGUCGCUCCAAAUUAUUUUCGUUCCCAGUUUGAUAGGAUACCGCUUCAAGUUCUGUAUGCAAUGCCAGGUGAGGUGCAUGCUCCGAAUACGUGGCACAACCUACCGGAUACAUAUCGCGUAUUAUACACUCAAGCACGCCUUUUUCGAAUUCAACGAAUCUCCCCACUAGAUCCACAGCGGUUUCCUAGAUAGAGCUUGCCAUCGACUCCUCCAUUUGAUUCGACAGGUGGAACGGGGGGGAAAUGAACUAGUAAAUUAAAGGAGUGCAGCACAAAAACGCUUUCACAAAAUACAAGUCUACAUUCGCAUAUAAUUAACAAAAAUAUAUCUCAAGACUAACGCGAAACCCAUCCAAUCACCAGUACCGCCGCUUACAUAACUACCAAACAAACAGAGCUUACAUAUUCCGCCCUCCCGUAACCAUUAUAGUCUGUCCGUUAACAUAGCUAAGUAGGGGACUCACAACGGCCAAAAUCGACCUUGCCGCCUCCGUGGGAGUGGCGCCUCUUCUCAGCGGGAUAUCGGGGUAUUUAUCCUUCUCGUCGGUCCCAGCCCUAGCCGCCAACUGGGACGAAGGGAUUCCAAGAGCGACCUUCUCACCGUCAGGUGUUGUGAUGAAGGCACCACCCUCCUUGGCUGCGGUCAGCCGUGUAAGCACCAAGCCGAAGGCAACGGUGUUGGCACGCACGCCGAAUUGUGGACCCCAUUCCUUCGCGAUGGUCUUGGUAAGGCCGACCAUGCCAGCUUUGCCGACGGCGUAGUUGACUUGACCACUGUGUGCGCGUUAUUUUUAGUGACGGCGACCAGGGGACAUUUCUUCGCGGGGGGGGGGGGGGUUGGUUUGAAACUUACGGGUUUCCGUGGAUGCCGCUGGUGCUGCUGAUGUUAACGAUUACUCUAUCCGCGCCGUCCUUUACUCUGAAAUAUGGAGCGGCGGCCUGGACGAGUUUGAAGGGGGCCGUGGCAUGGACGGCGAUCAUGGUCUCCCAUUGCUUAUCAGAGAGCUAUUAUUAAUAGCUUAGUUAGCCAUUGCCCAUAUGUAUCCGGCGCAACGGGUCCGCCGCAUCUAAAUAUAUAUAUAGAGUGUGGGCGGCGAGGAGCACGAUUAUAUAUUUAGCUAACCUUAUGAAUAACACCGUCCCAUGUAUAUCCAGCGUUAUUAACGAUGAUGUGAAUCUUCCCAUUGCCGAACUCCGCAGCUUUCUGCACUACCGUUUUCGCGUAUGUUGGAUCAGUCACAUCGCCUACGACCGCAAUGGCUCGUCCAGGCGAGGCAUCAUUGAUCGAUUUCACAACACCCUCUGCUUUUUCUGUUUGCAGUUGUGUGGACAAUAUUAGCUUCUCUUCCCUUCACUUCCCUUGAAGCAGACCGCAGAGCAUUUUCGUUUACUCGAAAUUUUCAUGGAAACAUAGGUUUAUUUACUGACUGGCAUCGAGAUCCGCAACAACAACCUUCGCUCCCUCGUUGGCAAAUAGGCGGGCGGCCUCAGCACCAACACCCUGGCCAGCCCCAGUAAUAAUAGCAACUUGGCCAGCAAGCAGACCUUGCGGGUAAUUAAGGUGGGAGGACACCUGUGCAAUGCGGUCUUGAGGGGCCAUCGUGAUAAGGUAACUAAAUAACGGAGCAACGCUGAGAGGAAGCAGGGAAGUAGUGAUUACUUCGGAAAACAAUAAAUUAACAAAGGGCACUCUGUAAAUAUAUGUUGUACGCUGCGUAGUUACAAAAGAAAAAAGAGACAACGUUGACCGGCAAUUGAUUGGUUAUGUAGGUCUUUGUCCAGCGGGGAAUUGCUAGAUGUUUGAUGCUAGUUACCCCGGACCCUGCGCCGACUGCCGAGGGACAGCGAUGGAGCCAACCUUUAAUUGCCGCUCCCGAUACUGGCGAGAGUCCGAAGACAUAGAAACCUGCGAAGCAUGACGGGUGAAUCGUGCUCGGUUCCGGCACGAUGGCUACAGGAAUGGAGUUGAAAUCACGGAGUUUUACCGAUUAUUAGAAUGUGGUGUCAAUCACGACGAGAGCUAGUUACCUACUUAAAUCUUCCGUGAGUUUGCUAGUUGAAACUUUAAUAGUAAAAAAUCCGGCUAUUCGACUCUAAAUUUCAGAUACAA